AAAACAUACACAUUCCUAGUUCACUAUAACUAAGAAGUAAGAAACAUAUAGAUACAUAAUAAACAUGGCAACUCCAAUUCCCGAACCCGUUUCUUAUGACUCGACCCGGAUUAAACCGCUCCAAGAUCGAGUCGCAAUCGUCACCGGCUCUUCUCGCGGAAUCGGCCGAGAAAUCGCGAUUCAUCUCGCCUCACUCGGCGCCCUAGUCGUCGUCAACUACACCUCCAGCUCGUCCCAAGCCGACUCAGUCGUCGCUCAGAUCAACUCCGCCGCCGAUUCUCCGCCGCGAGCGGUCGCAGUCAAAGCCGACAUCUCAAACCCUGACGACGUCAAAUCGCUCUUUGAUUCCGCAGAGCGAGCCUUCAACUCGGAGGUCCAAAUACUGGUGAAUUCCGCAGGUAUCCUCGACGGAACAUACCCGACGGUGGCGAACACCGACGUGGAGACCUUCGACAAGAUCUUCGCGGUGAACACCCGGGGCGCAUUCCUGUGCUGUAGAGAGGCAACGAACAGAGUGAAGCGCGGCGGCGGAGGGAGGAUCGUCCUGCUGACGACGUCGUUGGUGAAGGCGCUGCGGGCGGGGUACGCGACGUAUACGGCAUCGAAGGCGGCGGUGGAAGCGAUGGUUAAGAUCGUUGCGAAGGAGCUGAAGGGGACGGGAAUAACGGCAAACUGCGUGGCGCCAGGGCCGAUAGCGACGGAGAUGUUCUAUGAGGGGAAGUCGGAGGAGCUUGUGGAGAAACUAAAGAAUGAUAUUCCGUUUGGGCGUUUAGGGGAACCGAAUGACGUGGCGAAUUUGGUUGGUUUCUUGGUUAGUGAUGGUGGCGAGUGGGUCAACGGCCAAGUGAUUCGUGUCAAUGGUGGCUUUGUCUAGUUAAACACUUGCUAGUUUCUUGGUACAGGGGUCUGCUGUAUGCAAGAUCCAGGACUUCAAGCAUAUUUUAUCCAAUUCAGAUUUGUUAGUUUUGUCCA